GGGGGUUAAAAGGCUGAGUGAAUAGUACAUUAUAUACGAAGUCGUAGUGGAGGCAGUGGAACGAAAGGUGUGUAAGGAUUGAGAGAUAUUCAAAGAUUUACAAUCCUAUUACUUUGUGAAAUAUCUACCAUAAAAUUUACUUCUGUAUACGCCACGGGAAUUCCUGUUAACCGGGUUUUAUAGCAUAUAACUAGUGAUAUGGCGGAAGCACAUUCAGCUGUAGCAUUUAGCUUUUCUAUUACUCAUGAGGGAUGGGAUGUUAAUUUUGAUAGAGAAGUUUUACAUUUAGUAUGGCAAUCAGGUAUCCGUUCUUGGAAGAAAAGAUUUUUUAGAUUUGUUAAUAACUUGAGAAGUGGUGUAUACCCUGCCUCCUUAGAAAGUUUAUGGUUCACUAUAGCUUUGGUAACUGCAAUACAUUUUGCUGGCUACAAAGUACCUUAUGACCUUGUUGGAAAAGCUGCACCAUAUCUUUCAGGAUCUUCAAUAUUAGCACACUUAACAGGAUCAUUUAUAGUUGGGUUGUUUUUGUGGUUGAUAGUAAUAUAUAUAAUGCGAUACAUCUUGAAGUUAUUACUUAUGUACAAAGGAUGGAUGUAUGAGUCAAGAGAAAAAAGGUCCAAUGCUUCAAGAGUUACUAAGUUGUGGUCCACAUUAGUGAAGUUGUUCUUUGGAUGGCACAAACCAAUGCUGUAUAGUUUUCAAGGAUCAUUGCCACGACUACCAUUACCCUUAGUGGAAAAUACAAUGAAACGGUACCUACGCAGUGUUCGACCAUUGCUUGACGACAAAAAUUAUUCUCGAAUGGAGACAUUGGCAAAUGAGUUUCAAAGAGGCAUUGGUGUGAAGCUUCAACGUUAUUUGAUUUUAAAAUCUUGGUGGGCCACUAAUUAUGUUUCUGAUUGGUGGGAAGAAUAUGUUUAUUUACGUGGGCGAUCUCCUAUCAUGGUGAAUUCAAACUUUUAUGGUAUUGAUGCGAUUCUUAUGUAUCCUACUCAUGUACAAGUUGCCCGUGCUGCAAGUGUUAUUUAUUCGUGUCUGCAGUAUCGACGACUCAUUGAACGCCAAGAAUUAGAACCGAUAUUAAUUCAAGGUUUGGUGCCUCUCUGUUCAUGGCAAUACGAAAGACUAUUCAAUACUACAAGAGUGCCAGGACUUGAAACAGAUAAAAUUGUACAUUAUCAGGAUUCUAAACAUAUUGUUGUAUAUCACAAGGGAAAAUAUUUCAAGGUCCUUAUUUAUCACAAAAGCAGAAUCCUUCAAGCUUGUGAAAUUGAAAUACAAAUGCAACAAAUUUUAGAUGAUAAAUCAGAACCAUCAGAAGGUGAAGAGAAAUUGGCUGCUUUAACAGCUGGUGAAAGAACUGCAUGGGCAAUAGCUAGAGAAGAAUUUUUCUCGAAAGGAGUAAAUAAAGCAUCUUUAGAUCUUAUUGAAAAAGCAGCAUUUGUAGUUGCAUUAGAUGAUGUACCAUAUGUAUACGAUCCAGAAGAUCCAGAUAAAUUAGAUCAAUAUGGUAGAAUUUUAUUGCAUGGUAAAGGAUAUGACAGAUGGUUCGAUAAAUCAUUUACUUUAUGUAUAGGAAGUAAUGGCAGAACUGGCUUUAAUGCAGAACAUUCAUGGGCAGAUGCUGCAGUGAUGUCACAUAUGUGGGAGUACGUGAUAUCUCAGGAGAUCACCAAUAGAGAAUAUAAGGAAGAUGGAUAUAAUAAGGGAGUACCAGAGUUCACACCUCCACCUCCUGUUCGACUUCAGUGGGAUUUGAAUCCAAAGUGCAUAGCCACAAUUGAAGAAUCAAACCAAGUUGCACAGAACUUAUUAAAUGAUGUCGAAUUACGUAUUUAUGUACAUGAUGCGUACGGUAAAGGGUUUAUGAAAGUUAAUUCAAUGUCACCAGAUGCAUACAUACAAAUGGCCUUACAGUUAGCGUAUUUCCGUGAUUCUGGUAAAUUUAAUUUAACUUAUGAAGCUUCUAUGACUAGACUGUUUCGGGAAGGAAGAACAGAAACUGUGAGGCCAUGUACAAUUGAAUCUACGAAUUGGGUAAAAGCAAUGGAAAGUAAAAACACAACUGUUGAGACUAAGUAUGAUUUAUUGAUGGCAGCAGCAAAACAGCAUCAAAAAGGUUAUCAAGAUGCUAUGUGCGGUAAAGGAAUAGACAGACAUUUAUUUUGCCUAUAUGUAGUAUCUAAAUAUUUAGAAGUAGACUCUCCUUUCUUAAAGGAAGUUUUAAGUGAACCAUGGAAAUUAUCUACUUCACAAACGCCACAUGGGCAAACAUCAUUAAUAAACUUGAAAAAACAUCCAAAUUGUAUCUCUGCAGGAGGUGGCUUUGGUCCUGUAGCUGAUGAUGGUUAUGGCGUUUCGUAUAUUAUUGCUGGAGAAAAUCUUAUAUUUUUCCAUAUUUCAUGCAAACGUAAUUCUCCAGAAACAAAUGCAGCUAGAUUUGCAAAACAAAUAGAAAAAGCAUUAGCUGAUAUGAAGAAUCUGUUUCUUGAAAGAAAAAAGCUGCAAACUCAAAAGAAUGGUUCUACAUAAUUAUUCUGCAGCAAAAAGAGAUGCAGUUACAGUAUACUAGUAGAAAGUUUCAAUUUUAAUCCUUUUUUUCCAAAUGUUUUAAGAUGAUCCCUUUACAUACUCAAAAUGUAUCUUUUGUAACGUUGUCUGCAGAAAAAACACUAAACAUUAAUAUUUCAUGCUCUUUAACAGCAUACAUUAAAUUUAAAAACGUACAAAGUUUAAUUAUAUUUAUUUUUAUAAUAAGCAUUUUAUGAAAAACGUUUUAGAAUGGAAAACAUUUGUAAAUUAUAGUAAUAAUGAUUAAAAAAUAUUGUCAUUAAACUUUUUAUGAAAACUAUCUUAGAAAAAAGAGAUACAUAUUGCUAUUUUUAUAUUUUAUAUUACUCUCAGGAAAAUUGUUAUAAAUGAGGUUAUUGUAAAACUUAUUGAAGAUUGAGUGUUUAAUAGUAAAGUUUAGUAAACAACAUAGAGAAAAACUAAGAAACGUAGUGCGAAGUUUUCAAACAGACUGCUGUUUGAAUAGUAAAAUUGUGUAUUCAUUAUGCAAUGAGAAUAGUAUUAAAUUUUGUAAGCAGUUUCAUCUCUUCUAUAUAGUAGAAGAUCGAAAGUUUAAUUCAUUGUAUAACUAAAUUUUCUAUAAUAUAAAUAAAUAAAUAAAUAUAUUAAAUUACUUUAUAUAUAUCUAAAUAUAUAUAUAAAGUAAUUUAAUAUUUUUAACUUUGUACCAAUUUUAUCAAUUAUACGAGUUUUAAUCAUAUUCAAUAUAUCUACAAAAUGAUUAUUAUUAGUGAAACCAUCAGAAAUUGCGAAUAUAUUAUAUAAGUCAAAUCAUUAUUAAUAUUCAAAUACCUUUAGUAUUGCAGUAGAAUCAAUCAAUAACUACUAUUUUUAUAUUUUAGAUGUGAAGAAAAAUUAUUGUAAUUGAUUAACAAUAAGUUUUAUAUUAACUGCGUAUUAGCUAUAACGCGUGUUAUUUGUAAUACAAAAUGUAAUUAUACAUAUAUAUAUAUAUACACAUAUAUACAUAUAUAUAUAUAUGUAUAUGUAUAUUUAGUUUUAAAAUAUAUUAAAUAAUAUGCCAUAGAUCUAUAUCAGCAACCUAUCAAUGCAAAAUUUUAAUGUUAUAAGUAGUUUAUAUAUUAUUCAUUUUACUAUAUCUUUAUUAAAACUGUAUUUCAAGGUAUUGGUGCUUUUAUAAUUUUAUUACUCGAAUUUACAAUUUUAAGGUAAAUAUGUUAUUCUAUUUGAUGUAAACAGAAAAAAUGAAAUAUAUGAUAAUAAGAUGCAA